AUGCUGGGUUUGGAGAGAUCGCUCGGGGGCGUGGCCCUGGUUGUCUUUUUGGCGUCCGCGUACUCGCAGCAUAGCGCGCACGAGCACCUCGUGGGCGCGCUGGACAGGCGCAUCGCGCUGCUGGAAAAGCAGGCUGGUGACUUGAGGGCGCAAGAAGCAGGCGAAGUGGUGCUCCUCCGAGGAGUGCUGGAGAGGCUCACCAUAGCGAUCGAGACGGCGCAGGCACACGACGAGACGGCGCAGGCAGCACAAACCGAGACGGAAGACAUGGCUCAACUGGAUUUACUUUCGAGCAAGUCCUUUCGGCUGUUGACGAGACCAACUGUCCGCGACACCAAUGCUUGCGACUCUUGA